AUGGAAAUCACACGCUACCUGCUGGGAUUUUGUGCCUUUUUCUACAUUCACAGGUCUGACUCUGCAGAAUCCUCGUGCAAGCUGAAGGCCAAGUUCAACCUGAGCGGCUACAAAAACGUGGAGAAGAAGCAGGUGGUCGUCGGGGGGAUGUUUCCUGUUCACAAGAGCAUCGCCUCCACCGACGGCAACACUUCCAGGUUGCCCGUCUCCUCGGGGUGCGAGGGGUUUAACUUUCGCACCUUCCGAUGGACCCAGACCAUGUUGUUCGCCAUCAAUGAAAUAAACAAGAGGGACGACCUGCUGCCCAGCACAGACUUGGGUUACGUCAUCUACGACUCCUGCUUCACCAUCUCCAAGGCCGUGGAGGGCACCCUCACCUACCUGACGGGCCAGGACGAGGCCGUGCCCAACUACCGCUGUGGGAACGGGGCGCCCCUGGCCGCUCUGGUGGGCGCCGGCGGCUCCGAUCUGUCCAUCGCCACAGCCAGGAUACUGGGACUUUAUCACUUCCCACAGGUCAGCUAUUGUUCUUCGUGCUCUGCCCUGGAGAGCAAGUUCCAGUUCCCCACCUUCCUGAGGACCAUUCCCAACGACAAGCACCAGUCCACAGCUAUGGCCCAGCUGGUGCUGCACUUCGGUUGGACUUGGGUGGGCACUAUCGCUGCAGAUGAUGACUACGGCAAGUACGGUAUCAAAGACUUCAAGGAGCAGGUGGAGGAAGCUGGUGUCUGCAUCUCCUUCUCUGAGACGCUGCCUAAGGUGAGUUCCCCGCUGGACAUCCAGCGAAUUGUUGACACCGUCGUUGAGUCCACGGCCAAGAUCAUUGUGGUCUUCUCAUCAGACGUGGACCUGGGUCCUCUGAUCCUGGAGCUGCUUCGCCACAAUGUCACCAACCGCACCUGGAUCGCCAGCGAGGCCUGGGUCACCUCCGCUCUCAUCAACCAGCCUGGGGUGAGCUCAGUUCUGGGUGGCACUCUGGGCUUUGGUUUGAAGAGGGCUGACAUCCCUGAUCUUCAGCGCCAUCUACUGGACCUAGACCCCUAUGCUGACGCACUCACUGAGGAAUUCUGGGAGACGCUGUUUAACUGCACACUGGACUAUGGCAGAGCUAUGACACAGGCCAAACAGAGGGCGAGAGAGGUUAACAGCACUCUGUCCAGGGCAGCGAGGGGGCCUCCGGUCGGGCUGUGCUCAGGGAGAGAGUCUCUGGCUCAGUUCAACAACACCUACUCUGAUGUUUCCCAGUUACGAAUCACCUACAGUGUAUACAAAGCUGUGUAUGCUGUGGCACACGCUCUGCACAACCUGGAGCACUGUGAAGAUGGACUGGGACCGUUCAAAGGGAGCACCUGUGCUAACAUCACCAACUUUGAGCCAUGGCAGCUGAUGUACUACCUGAAGAACGUGCGUUUCAAGGUACCGAACUCAGAAGAGGUGGUCUACUUUGAGGAGGGGGAUGUGGAGGGCUUCUAUGACAUCAUCAACUGGCAGGUCAAUGGUCAAGGGGAGAUAUCAUACAUCACCGUGGGACGUUACAAUGGCUCAGCAGAUCCCGGAGACAGGAUGACCAUAACCAAUGACUCCAUUGUGUGGAAUAAUGAAGUGCUGGAGCCUCCUCGGUCAGUGUGCAGUGAGAACUGUCAGCCCGGCACCAGGAAAGGGAUCCGGCAGGGAGAGCCAGUCUGCUGCUUUGACUGUAUCCCCUGUGCCGACGGAGAGAUCAGCAACACAACAGAUGCUCGUGAGUGUAUCCUGUGCAGCAGGGACGACUGGUCCAAUGACGCUCACGAUGCCUGCGUUCCAAAGAUCAUCGAGUUCCUGGGCUUCUGGGAGCCGCUGGGCAUCACUCUCAUCGUCAUCUCUGCCUUCGGGGCAUUGGUUACCAUCGCUGUUGGGGUAUUGUUUGCCGUGCACAUCGGGACACCUCUGGUGCAGGCAAACGAUGCACCGUUGAGUUUCUCGCUGCUUUUCUCGCUGGUGGUGACCUUCCUCUCCUCCAUCGUCUUCCUCGGAGAGCCUCAGCACUGGAGCUGCAUGACCAGCCAGGUGGCCCUGGCUCUGGGCUUUGCUCUCUGCCUUUCCUCCAUCAUGGGUAAAUCCGUGCUGUUGAUGCUGAGGGCCCAGGCUCUGAAAGCAGCUCGUACCAGAGCCAGGGCCGCAUCCAAAGCUGCAAAAGCAGCAGCUGAGGCCGCGGCCAACAGCGGCAGUCCUGAUGUCAUCGUGACCAACACGUAUAACCACAACGAUGCCAACGUCUGUGCCAACCCUGAAGACGACACUAUCAGCUGUGCCCACCAGAGGGCGAUAGCAGCCGGGGCAACAUUAAUCCAGGCGAUCGCCUGCACGGUGUGGCUCAGCACGCUCCCUCCUCAACCUGUGAAAAACACCUCGGCCCAGAAUAUAAAGAUCAUCCUGGAGUGUGACGAAGGCUCUGUGGUCUUCAUCUGCUGCGUCUUUGCCUACGACAUCCUGCUGGCUCUGCUGGCCUUCAUCUUCGCCUUCAUAGCCCGAAAGCUGGAGGACAACUGCAGCGAGGCGAAGUCCGUGACCUUCGGCAUGCUCGUCUUCUUCAUCGUGUGGAUCUCCUUCGUCCCGGCCUACCUCAGCACACGUGGCAAGUUCAUGGUGGCUGUCCAGAUUUUUGCCAUCUUGGCCUCCAGCUUCGGCCUGCUCACCUGCAUCUUCCUGCCCAAGUGCUACGUGCUCUUGGUCAAACCCGAACAAAACACGGAGGAGAUGAUGAGGCCUCGCGCUAAACUACGCGAUGGAACCUCGACCGGGACCUCGGCCUCGCUCGCCACAGCCGGCACUGAGAUCCACUCUACCAUAGCGUCCACGUCCAUCGAUGAUUAG